AGGGCCGCCAUUUUUGCAAAGGGAAAAGAGACUGGUCUGAGGGGAUCUAAUUUCUAAAAGUCGCCGUUCACUAAGGCACAGUUUUAACGGUUUGUCGUGGAUUUUUUAGUCCUAAUUUGGGCUCCCGUGAACAACAAGAGGCAACGGCUUUUUCAAAGGAAUAGACUGUAGAGGACUCGUUGAUAUACAAACAUUUUAAAGCUUUGCUAGGGAUCCGCAGUGUGGACACAAGUAUUGUUUUGGUUGUGGAGUCUGUGUGGAAAGCGACGGGGGUCUCACCCAGGUCCCCCUUUUCGCUACUGAGAUCCUCCAGAGUGGACAUAAAAAGGCCUUGUGGAUGCACUUAGAUGUCUGCAAUGUCUGCUGUGGCUGGUAUGCCUCAGUGUUUUGGACUCCCUUUCUCUGGACUCAGUAGGACAAGAACUGAUCAGCAGAGAACGUCAUGAGCAUAGUCAUCCCAGUGGGGGUGGACACAGCAGACGCCUCAUACCUGGACAUGGCGGCAGGCUCAGACAGACCAGAAUCAGUGGAGGCCAGUCCUGUGGUCGUGGAAAAGUCCAGCUACCCACACCAGAUCUACAGCAGCAGUUCUCACCAUUCCCACAGUUACAUUGGCCUGCCUUAUGCUGACCAUAAUUAUGGGGCGCGGCCCCCACCUACGCCACCGGCCUCCCCUCCUCCCUCCAUGUUGAUCCGACAAGUAGAGGGGGGGUUGUUUGUACCAGGGGGGCAGGACGACGCUUCCAGGGGCACCACGCUCAGCACGUCUGAGGAUGGAAGCUACGGCGCCGACAUCACCCGCUGCAUCUGUGGAUUCACCCACGAUGACGGCUACAUGAUCUGCUGUGACAAGUGCAGUGCCUGGCAACAUAUAGACUGCAUGGGCAUCGACAGGCAGAACAUUCCCGAGACCUAUCUGUGUGAAAGCUGCCAACCACGACAGCUGGACAAGGAGAGGGCCAUCCUGCUCCAGACCAGGAAACGUGAAUGUUUGUCGGAUGGCGACACCAGUGCUACAGAGAGUGGAGAUGAGGUGCCGCUAGAGCUGUACUCCACCUUCCAACACACGCCCACCACCAUCACCCUGACGACGGGGCGCCUCGGCCAUAAACAGACUGAUAAAAAGCGUAAAAAGAGUGGAGAAAAGGAGCCUCCGGCUUCUUCUGCACGAGCUAAGAAGGCCUUUCGCGAGGGGUCGAGAAAGUCCUCGAGGGUAAAGGGCGCAGCUCCAGACCAGGAGCCAUCAGAGCACCCGUCUCUGUGGGAAAACAAGAUCAAGACGUGGAUGGAGCGGUACGAGGAGGCCAGCAGCAAUCAGUACAGCGAAGACGUCCAGGUCCUCUUACGUGUUAAGGAGCAAGGCGACGGCAAAAGUCUCGCGUACAACACACACCCUGCCUCUUUCAAACCACCUGUGGAGAGUCAAGUACAGAAGAACAAGAAGAUCCUCAAGGCGGUGCGAGACCUGGCCCCAGACUCGCUCAUCAUCGAGUACCGGGGAAAGUUCAUGCUUCGACAGCAGUUCGAGGCCAAUGGUUACUUCUUCAAGAGGCCGUACCCAUUUGUAUUAUUUUAUUCCAAAUUUGAUGGGGUGGAGAUGUGUGUGGACGCCCGCAGCUUCGGCAACGAAGCGCGUUUCAUUCGUCGCUCCUGUACUCCCAACUCUGAGGUGCGGCACGUCAUCGAGGACGGCAUGCUCCAUCUGUACAUCUACUCACUGAGGCCAAUCACUAAGGGCACAGAGAUCACCAUUGGCUUUGAUUUUGAUUAUGGCAGCUGUAAAUACAAGGUGGACUGUGCCUGUGUGAAGGGGAACCAGGAAUGCCCCGUGCUCAAGCACAACUUGGAGCCCACAGAGAACUUGGCCUCUGUAGGCCGGCGUCGCGUGAGUCGUAAGGACAAGGAGAUGGUGCGGGACGACCUGGGCCAGAACCAGAACAUGGGUCUGGAUGGCGAGGGGAGGAGCAAGAGUGUAGGCGACGGCAAACAGAGAAAGCUUUCUCCCCUCCGCCUCUCCAUCUCAAACAACCAGGAUCCUGAGUUAUAUGAGGAUCUAGAAGACAAAACCUCCAUUAGCAAUGAAGUAGAGAUGGAGUCAGAAGAGCAGAUUGCAGAGAGGAGGAGGAAGAUGGCCAGCCCAGCGGAGCAGUCCCAUCUCCCUGUCGGGGCGGCUUCCAGCUGGAAGGGACUGAAACACAAGGAGACACGAGAAGAGAGGAAAAUGGAGGCCAUCCUGCAGGCCUUUGCACGCAUGGAGAAGAGAGAGAAGCGCAGGGAACAGGCCCUGGAGCGGAUUGGCAGCGGCAAGACGGAGGUCGGAGGUCGCAGUGACAUCAAGGAGGAGCCUCCAGCGACGCCUGAGGCGGCAGAUUCUCCGGUCGUCAUGCAGCCUCUUCUGGAGGUGAAGGAGGAGCCGGGAUUGAAGCCGGCAAAGGUGAAAAGCUCGAGGAACAGGAAGAGCUUCUCAAGGAACCGCACGCACAUCGGCCAACAGCGCCGGCGAGCUCGCACCAUCAGCACCUGCUCCGACUUACCUCCAGCCUCUCCCACUGAGUCUGUGGAGCCUCUGACCAAUGACGUCUCUGAGGGAGACACGCCCACUGCACCAGAGCCAGAGGCCAUUUUUGCCCAAGCACCGGACAGCAGCCCUCCUCACAGCGGCUCACCUGCACCUGAGAGACAGCGCAAAAACUUCAAAACUAAAAAGCACUUUGUCAGUGAGUGGGUGGGAGAGAAGCAGCAGGAUCGUGUUGCAGUGCGGACCCCUGAACCGGUCCCAGAGAGACCCCUGAGAAUAAGCAGCGACCCCGAAGUUCUCGCCACGCAGCUGAACGCCUUACCGGGCAUGGCCUGCUCGCCGCAGGUCUACAGCACGCCCAAACACUACGUCCGCUUCUCGUCCCCGUUCCUGGCAAACCGCAGUCCCACCACUCCUGGAGUCCCCACAGGAAGACGGCGGUCCAGAGAACUGCAGGAAACGCUGCCAUCUACAGGCUCCUGCAAGAAGCGAUGGUUGAAGCAGGCUCUGGAGGAGGAGGGCUCCACCAGCCCGGCCAGACGCCCGAGCCUCUUCAUGCCCAGUGAAGGUUCUCUCAGCCCGUCCAUCAACGGAGACUCUGACAGUCCUCUGCCCUACAACGGCACCUGCUCGCUGCCAGAGUUGCCGACUCCUUUGAAAAAGCGUCGCUUGUGUCCGUUGGACGCCUGCAUGUCCGAGAGCUCCACGCCCUACGGCUCUCCUUGUGCCACGCCCACAAGGACGGACCCGGCCGAGACGCCAUCGACGCCCGUCUUACUGGCCACUCCCCCGCGCCCCCGGGCGGACGAGUCCAGUACAGAACACUUACCCAGCACACAGACACUUAGUGCUCCUCCGGAGAGUGAAUCUUCAGGGGAGAGUUCACCGGAGCUCAGCCGGAAACCCAGUGUGCAAGAGGCUGAUCGGCCUCCGUCGUUAGCCACCUCCCCGUGCAUCAGGGCUCCCGGCUCAGACGGACCCCCGACAGAACCCAAGGUGUCGGUUCCGGAGAGUCCACAGCCUCCAGCAGCGGAGUCCAAGGACUGCGGCGAGGACCAAGCCGACGGUGGAGUUAUUGAAGGCAACAGCAGCGAGACGACGACGACGACGACGACGACGUUGUCGUCUACAGAGACUUCCUCUUUCCCCGGCUGGAUCAAAAGCCCGGAGAGAGGCCAGACUGGAACAGCUGGCCUGAACUUCUCCCCAGUCAACUCAAACUUAAGGGACCUCACCCCGUCACACACCCUGGAGCCUCUGGCGGCUCCGUUCAGGCCCGAGGCUGCAGCUGGGACUGCAGCGGUGUCCACAGCAGGCACGGGGCCGUUGGUUAGCCCUCAGCCCCCCUUCAGCGAAGCUCAGGGGCAGCUGUUUUACCCCUGCCCCGAGGAGGGAAGCUCACUCGGGUUCUCGCGCUCACUGAACGGGGAUGGCACCGGCGAGGCUGGAGGAUCAGCGCAGAACCCUCCACAGAAGAAGAAGGUUUCUCUGCUCGAGUACAGAAAGCGUCAGCGAGAAGCUCGUCGCAGCGGCUCCAAGAACGAGUGCAGCUCUCCUGUUUCCACCGUGCCGCCUCUGACCGUCGAUGCCUUUCCUGUCGCUCUCGAGGCCGCCAGCGAACCCCCCCCACCUCCUGCUCCCACAAUGCCCUGCAGCAGCAGCAGCAACAACAACAACAGCAGCAGCAGCAGCAGCAGCAGCAUCAACAGCAUCAACAGCAGCAGCAGCAGCAGCAGCAGCAGCAGCAGCAACAACAGCAGCAGCAGCAACAGCAUCACCAUCACCACGGCAACCAGUGCCACAGUCAAGGACCUGCAAACUCCAGAAGAGGCUGAGGCUGCUGCAGAGAGAGGAGAGAAGGAUGGAGAAGGACAGUGGACGUCGUCGACCUCUGUGGAGCAGGCGCGUGAGCGGAGCUACCACCGAGCUCUGCUGCUCAGCAAGGACAAGGACGGAGAUGGUGAAACAGAGGGCGGAGAAACACCUGCAGCGAGAGACUGUCCAUCACCCGGUCCUCAGCAGACGCCCACCCACGCUCCCGGCUCUCCUCGUGCUCUCGCUCAGACUCCUGGUCGCUCAGUGAAGGAGGAAGACGCUGACGCUCAGCCUCGGACGCCUAAUCCGACCAAUCAGCCGCCGAGCAAGCCCGCAGGACCCAAGCCGGCUCCUCUGACCCCCACCAAGCUGCACCCGACGCCCGUCCCCUCGUCUCCGGUCCACUUUCCCGGCUCCUCUCUCCUUCACUCUCCCAAGCCCCAACCUCAAGGCUCCCCGUACCGCAGCCAGAGGGCGCUGUUCACUGCGCAGCCUCAGAACCAGCCCCAGGUUCAGGCCCAGCCUCAAACUGGUCCCACUCCUUUCCCCCAGUAUAACUCUCAGAGUGCUCCGCCCCCGCCUCCUCCUCCUCCUCCUCCUCCUGCUCCUCUGGCCUCCGCAGCGUAUUUUCCCACGCAGAGCCCCUCGCCUGCCGGACCCUUCCCCGGGUUUAAACCCUCAGUCAAUCCUCCGUACCCUCCCGGGUCUCAGCCCCUGAUGCAAACUCUUUCCCACACCAUGCACUAUCAGAGCUCAGCGGCUCCGCCUCCACCCCCGCCUCCCCCUCCUCACCCAAUGCCCGGCCCCACUCUGCUGCACGUGAACCUGCAGCCUCCUCCCCUCCAGCAGCAUCAGCUCAUGAUGGCUGCCGUCCCUCCCCCGCCCCCUCCCCCUCAGGGCCAGGCCUCCCAGCAGCAGCAGCAGCAGCAGCAGCAGCAGCCUCCCGGCGGCAGCACCUUGCUGUCACUCACGCCUCCUCCGCCUCCUCCCCCGCCUCCCCCAGCGCCGUCGUCUAACCCCGCGAUGCAGCCACACCACUUUCAGAACUUGGGGGGGUUUCAGCCGGCGCUGAUGCAUCCAGGCGGUGCUGUCAAUCCUUCGUUGCCCCAGUCUACGUACCCCCCGCCCCUUCAGCAGACCGGACUGCCUCCGCCCCCCCCACCUCCCCCCCAACAGACUCAACAAGGCCAGGUCCAGGCCACCGCCUCCCAGAUGCCGUCUGGGACCCGCGGAGCCCCUGCAUCCUCGACCCCCUUCCACAGCUCGGGGUACCUUAGUACGGGGUGGCACUGAGCGCCCCAAACCCCCCUGAGACAGCCCCUGAGAACUCACCCUGAGCGAGGGGGGCGUGUACCAUAAGCUGUAGAUAUGUUUUCUAUACGUACCUGAACACAUGGCCAGUGGAAAAACAGCUGAUUGUGGGAUAAAAGGGUACUUUUUAAAAAUAAAAAAAACAGGACAGAAGAUUUUAGAAAAAAAGGACGAUGACGACGAUCUGAAGAAAACCAAGAUGGACGACCCUUCCCUCCCCUCGGUGCUCAUAGUCGCUCUCUGGACUCCUCGUGUUUUUAUAUUCCUGCUCUCUGUCUGUUGUGUGUCAUGUUUGAUUCACGUUUUAACGCCCGCACUUUGUUCAUUAUCGACAUUCCAGCCUGUCCCGACGCCACCUUCCUCCUCUCCUCCUCUUCCUCUCUCUCUCUGUCAUUUAUUUGUUUAAUUCUAGCAGCUCAUUAUAGCAAAGAAAGCUUUUUGUAUAGAGAAAAAAAACCCACAUAUUUUUUUUAUUCCUCUGUCUAACAACAAAUAUCUGUUCACCGCUGCAGAUCGAGUGAAAACCUGCCUCGCCGACGCCGGAGGCUGCACUCGUGUGUGUGUGUGUGUGUGUGAU